AUGGCACACUCGGAGUCGGGCCUCCCCUCACCACCCUAUGGGGAGCAAAUGGCACAGUUCUCCCGAAAAACAGUAAUGGGCACUAUAUUUGAGACUACUGAACGAUAUACGGAUUGGAAGCCGCUUGGGCUAGGAGUGUCGGGGCUUGUCUGUUCCGCGAAAGACCAGCUUGGCCAUCGGACUGUCGCCGUGAAGAAACUCGCCGAGCCGUUCGAGACUGAAGCUAUGGCGAGGAAUGUUUUUCGAGAGAUCCAAUUACUGAGGGAAUUGCGGCAUGAGAAUAUCAUCAAUUUGACGGACAUAUUCAUCUCGCCCUCGGAAGACGUAUACAUUGUCACAGAACUGAUGGCAACGGAUCUGAACACCAUUUUAAAAUCGAGAAAAGUCGAAGACCAAUUCGCCCAAUACUUCAUGUACCAAAUAAUGCGCGGCUUGAAAUACCUCCACUCAGCAGGUGUCAUUCACCGAGACCUAAAACCCAGCAACAUCCUCGUUAACGAGAACUGUGACCUGAGAAUCUGCGACUUCGGUCUCGCCCGCAUCCAGGAACUGCACAUGACCGGCUACGUCUCGACGAGGUACUACCGCGCCCCGGAGAUCAUGCUCACCUGGCGCAAAUAUACAGAGAAAGUCGAUAUCUGGAGUGCUGGCUGUAUCCUUGCAGAAUUAAUGCUCGGGGAGCCACUGUUCCCUGGGAAGAACCACGUUAACCAGUUUUGCGUUAUUACUGAGGUGCUGGGCCAUCCUCCGGAGGAGAUGAUUAACAAUAUCACGAGUGAGAAUACAUUAAACUUCAUCAAAUCCCUGCCGAAACGAGACCGAAGGCCGAUGGCCGAGAUUAUCCCCAACGCUAACACUGAUGCCAUCGCCCUGCUUGACAAAAUGCUCGAAUUUAACCCCGAUGUUCGGAUCUCCGCAACCGAUGCCCUCUCCUCCCCAUAUCUCGCUCCAUACCACGACCCUAACGACGAACCAGUUGUAUCAAAGAAAUUCGACUGGGGCUUCCUCGAUGCUAACCUUUCAACGGAUGUCUGGAAGACGAUCAUCGAGGUCCUCAGUUUCCACGACGAGCAGACUGGGCAGAGUGGUACGAAGUCAACACAGCAGGAGGAAAAGGAGACGGGGUGA